AUGACUUUCGAUAUCAAUGGAGUUGCUUAUAAACUUAAGUGUCCAGAUCCUACUUAUUUCUGUAACACUAUGGAGUAUAGUUCAAAGAAGUUCCAAAAUUAUGAAGAUGUUUUUCAUGCGACAGAUAAGCUCAAUGUAGAACCUAAAAAUGUGGUUGUUGGCUUGAAACCAAUUGAAUCAAAGACUGGACUCAUUAUCACUGUUGUUACGUUAACAGUUUUAGGUGUUAUUGCACUUGCUUUGUUCUUAAGUUUGUGUUGUUGUUUCAGAGAUCAACAUAAAACUAAAAACAGCAAAAAGUCAAAGAAGAAACACUUGAAAACAAGUUCUUCUUCAUUUUCAUCUUCAUCAUGA